UAGAACUCGUUGUUGGACUACGAAAGACAAGCGAAGUGUCUGUGGGCAUCUGGGACAUGCGGUUGUGCCUGAACUAGCACAGCGGCUCCUCUGAGAAGGCGAUCUGAGCGGGUUCGUGGCCUGGCGGGUGGUCAGACGUCAGGACUCAGGAUGGGGUGCAACAUGUGCGUGGUGCAGAAGCCCGAGGAGCAAUACAGGGUCAUGUUCCAGGUGAACAGUAAAGCCCUGUCCCGGCUGUCUCAGGACCAGAGUCUGCAGGCGCUGCGCUGUAAGCGUAACACGAGGAGGAGAGCCGGGGGUCCUGGAGCUGCUGGCGGGACGCUGCUCGUGACGGACUGUGUGGACAGCGGGACGCAGACAGACAUCAGCUUCCAGCACAUGGUGACGUUAGGCCGAGCCGCUCAUCACAACAGACCCGCGUCUCCUCCGUCCCCUCCACUGCCACCCAUGCCGGAGCCGUACCUCUUCAGACAGCUCUCUCCUAUGGAUCACGUGUAUUAUGACCCAACGGACUACUUUGACAUAAGUCAACAUGAGGUGGACAGACAAGAUGACCUGGAGUACGAGGAGGUGGAAUUGUAUAAAUCUUGUCAGCAAGAUAAACUGGGUUUAAUGGUGUGUUAUCGCACUGAUGAUGAAGAGGAUCUGGGCAUCUACGUGGGAGAGGUCAACCCUAAUAGCAUUGCUGCCAAGGAUGGCCGAAUCCGCGAGGGAGACCGAAUACUGCAGAUAAACGGGGUGGAUGUCCAGAACCGAGAGGAAGCAGUGGCCAUCCUGACCAGAGAGGACAGCACCAACAUCUCUCUGCUACUGGCACGGCCAGACAUCGAGAAUGAGGCUGAUGAUCUGGAUUUGGAGUUGAGUGUGGGCCUGGAUCUAGAGGACUUGGAAAACGCCACUAACUUACCCAGCCCUCAACACCAGAGGAAAGCGAGCUCCUUGCUGAGUGACAUCACUGGGAUCAGAGGAGGUCGCCCCAAUUUGUGGCACACUGCCCUCAAUAACAGCCAGGAGCUGGACAGCGGGGUGGGUCGCACAGAUGAAAGCACGCGCUGUGAAGAGUCCUCCGAGCUGGCGGAUGAUCCCACCAGUGCAUGCACCACCAAUGCCACCAACACACCCGGCAGUUUGCGCAAGUUUCGCGCUGCUCAGCACGGGUGGGAGUUUCACUACAGCAACGACUCGCUGCUAGGGCCGGAUGGGGUGGGAGUGGCGGAUCACGGGGUCCCUGAAACACUGGGCUCAGUGACCAGCAGAGUGCUCAUGCCAGGUUUAACUGAAGAGGAAUAUGAACGUUACCGAGAGCUACUGGAGAUCCGGUGCCUUUACGAGAAGAAUGGAAACGCACUUCUUCUUUUGGACGGGAGGAACCAUGGCGCAGGAGGAGGCGUUCCUGUAGACAUGAAUUGUAACGAGAGCCUGAUGCAGCACGAGAUUUCCCUUCUAGAUGAGGAAAUACGUCACCUGGAGUUCAAGUGGCGCAAUGUUUUGCGGGCUCAAAAGAUGAAUCAGUUGCGCCAACGCUGCCUAAAGGUCUGGCCAGCUGACGAAGAGGACGAUGAAGAAAAAGGAGCAAAGGCGAGGUGUGGAGGUGCAGAGGCGAUCCACCAUGAACUGUCAGAUAUCAACGAGAUCCCAGAAAGGGAACGCUCUGACAAGGAGAGCACAAGCGCCUAUAACACGGGUGGGGAAAGUUGCAGAAGCACACCUCUGGCUAGCGAACGAUACCCCUCGCCCUCCGCGGCGGGAGAUUCCAGUGCCUCUGCAACCAUGCGACCUCGGACGCCCCGUCACAGGACAAGCACGAGCCGGGAGAAGAAUCUAAACACACCUCCUUCAUCAGAUGCCAAGAAAAAGAGUGAAGAACUCGGGGACAACAGAGACUCUACUCCAGCAACAAGGCUUCGGUCAGUAUCUCGUAAUGGCGGCAGCAGUAGGAAGGGAUUGGAUGGAGCACGAAGGGGGUCCCAUGCUAAUGGGACUCUCACUCCCGGGAUAGUGAAAGGGGGAAGGAGUGCAGAAAACAGUCCGUACCUGUCCCGACGCCACUGCAGUACCACGCUGCCUCAACGCUACCAGAGUUGCAUGCAGUUGAGGGACAUUGACAGUGCAGAAGUUCGGGACACCCCUGAACAGGUUCCUGCUCACUCCAGCACAAUAACUUGUGCAAACAGAGAAUCCACCGCAACUUCUUUGAUCAUACCACCAACGCUGCCUCCAUCUUCACCUCGAAUGGAGUGGAAGGUAAAGAUCCGCAGCGACGGCUCACGCUACGUGGCGAAGCGUCCGGUAAGAGACCGUUUGCUAAAGGCUCGCGCCAUGAAGAUUCGGGAGGAGCGCAGUGGGAUGACCACGGACGACGAUGCGGUUAGUGAAAUGAAGAUGGGACGCUACUGGAGCAAGGAGGAACGCAAACAGCAGCUCCUGAGAGCUCGGGAGCAACGGCGACGCCGCGAGUUCAUGAUGCAGAGCCGACUGGACUUCUUGCGAGAGAAAGAGAAGGAGCAAGACUCUGGACCGCAGGGACAGGCUUCCAUACUCGAGCUGAGCCAGAAAAAGAGUAUGAAGAAACGCAGCCGACGCAUCCUGGACAACUGGAUCACCAUUCAGGAGCUCCUGGCUCAUGGGACCCGUUCAGUGGAUGGGAAGAAAGUGUACAACCCUUUGCUCUCCGUGACCACUGUUUGAUAAUUGGAGUGCAAUGAGAUCUUUUAACUAUUUGAAUUACAAAGUUUACCAAUGAUUUGCGGCUGUCUGAUAGAGAUGCCUAGCAGUUUAAUUGAGAAACAAUGAUGAUGAAUAUAAAACGUACAAAGAAAAGUACAAGACAGAAAGGCAAAAUGUCAAAUGAAUGUAUAUGGGACCAGCACGCAUAAGUUGUUUUUAUGCUUGAAAUUUCAGAGUUGCAUUCAGACUGUUACAAUGCAGCGGCUGUCUCGAGCAUUUCCAA